ACGAGCAGACGACCGGCGACCACCCAUCUCCCCUCCCUCAAUCAGCAUCAGGAUGUCUCUCGCUGCAUCACGUGCCGUAUUACGGCAAUCGACGUUUGCCGUCCGCCGCGCUGGCAUCCGCAAUGCCUCCACAACCGCCGAGGCCACCAACGCGGUAAAGGACACAGCGUCAAAGGCACAGUCAAAGGCAUCAGAGGGUCUUACCAAGGUCACAAGUUCGGCGAGCUCUGCGGCGUCAAGCGCUGGCUCCGCUGUCAACAAUGCGUCGCAGCAAGCCACCGGACGAGUAGGACGCAUGGUUAACUUUGUCCAAGGACUGGUUCCCAAGGCCACAUACUACGGAAGGGUUGGACUCGAGCUCGGCAAGCUCAUUGCCCACCAACGAAGCAUGCAGCCCCCAUCUGUACAGACGAUGCAAAACUACAUCCAGCCCGCAUUGAACGCCAUCCGCAACCCCAGCACUCUCUUCAACCGCGUCGCCAGCGAGGCCAACAGCGCCGCCCAGUCACCCGCUAACGUUCUCCAACAAGUCCGAAACAUGCCCCGCGAACAGUGGUACUCGAUGGGUGUCGUUGUGGCCGAGGUCAUUGGUUUCUUCUCGGUAGGCGAGAUCAUCGGCCGAUUCAAGCUUGUCGGCUACAGGACGAAGAGUGACGACCACCACUGAGUGCGUUGAGUCUGGAAAAACUACGAUACGAAAUUCACACAUGCAUUGGGGUUAGAAGUAGUGAGAGGGAAGCGGGGAGGAUGGGACGAGGAAACACUGUACGAUUUCGCGGCUGAUGAGCUAAGCAAGUGUGUUUGCAGUGCAUUCGGGAUGGCUGGGAUCCGAUACUGUAUACUGCACAUACAUCUGAUUUAGAUUCCAUUUUCUCCA